GAUCAAGAUUCAGGAAGAACAACCAUGUCGUCGAAGGUGGUUCUGAAGGCAAAAGGCAAAUCAACCAAAGGAUCGAAGCCAUCCGAUGAUAAUUCAACAUCCAAGCUCUUGAAAGAAUGGAGCACAUGGACCAUCAAGAAGGCUAAAGUCAUCACUCACUAUGGAUUCAUACCGUUGAUCAUCAUCAUCGGCAUGAACUCCGACCCUAAACCCUCCAUCUCUCAGCUUCUCAGCCCCGUUUGAUCGGUUACACGCAAUAUGCAAAGGAAAUGUUGCAUGUGAGGAAUUCCUUGUUCGUGAACGUGAGAAAUAAGUUGCGUAGUUGAUCGCUUGGUGUCAUUUUGGUGUAAGCAUUCUACAUGAUUUAGUGGAUUCUCUAUGAGCCUUGAAAAGAAGGCCAAAUAGUAAAACCAUAUCCCUCGUUUGGUAUGUAGUAAUUACACAAUAGUAAUGUACUAUUCCAA